UGUUUCGCCCUCUCCCUCCCUCUCUCUCUUUCUCUCUCUCUCUCUUUCUCUCUCUCUCAAAAAGUUGACCGACGUGUGGUCAUCACAGUGUGUCCGGAAUCUGAUCUAGUUAAUACCGAAAUCUAUAUAGGCGAUGGAGUUAAGUUGAGAAUCUCUUUGUCGAUAUGUAGCCUAAACAAGCGGAGUUUGUCUACAAUUUGAAUAAACAACCCGUUUCUCCGUCUGUGGAUGACGACCUGCUCCCCGACCCGUCUACGCUAAGCUACAGCAGAGAGGAUUUGUGUUCAGUUGGACACAAAGCCUCACACCUCAGCCAAGUGGAGACUGGAGAACGAGUUCUACUGGUCUGUGAUAGAAGGUGUAGGAGAUGGAGAACGGCGUGGAGGCUGUGUGCGCGGCGGGCGGCGCGGGUGAGGAUGUGGAGGCGCAGUGGGAGCGAGUGGAGAGUAACCGCUACAUCCUGAGUCGCUACAUCUCCCCUGGGAAGCUGACGCCGUACCUGCGCCAGUGCAAGGUCCUGGACGAGCAGGAUGAGGACGAGGUGCUCAACUCUCUGCUGCUGGUCAGCAAGGUCAACCGCACAGGUCGUCUGCUGGACAUCCUGCAUACUAAAGGUGAGCGUGGCUAUGUGGUGUUCCUGGAGAGUCUGGAGUUCUACUACCCUGACCUGUACAAGCUGGUCACCGGCAAAGACCCCACACGCCGCUUCUCCACCAUAGUAGUGGAAGAGGGCCAUGAGGGCCUGACUCAGUUCCUGAUGAACGAGGUGAUCAAGCUACAGCAGCAGGCCAAGGCUAAAGACGUGCAGCGCGUCGACCUGAUCGGGAAACAGCGCACCCUGGAGGACGACUACAAGAAGCUCAAUCUGGCCAACCAGGAACUGCAGGCAUUCCAGCAGAGAUACAACAAGAUGAAGGAGGAGAGGAACAACUACAACGACGAGCUGCUGCGGGUGAAGGAGGAGAACUACAAGCUGGCCAUGAGGUAUGCCACACUCAGCGAGGACAAGAACAUGGCUGUGAUGAGGAGCAGAGACCUGCAGCUGGAGAUAGAUCAGUUGAAGCACAGGCUGAACAAGGUGGAAGAGGAGUUUAAGAUGGAGCGACGGCAGAGUCUCAAACUGAAGAACGACAUCGAAAACCGGCCCAAGAAAGAACAGAUCUUUGAGCUGGAGCGGGAGAACGAGGUUCUUAAGAUCAAAGUUCAGGAGCUACAGUCCAUCAUACAGCCAGGGCCUUUGCCUGCUUCCGACAAGGCGAUCCUGGACAUUCUGGAGCACGACAGACAGGAGGCCCUGGAGGACCGACAGUACCUGGUGAACCGCCUCUACAACCUCCAAGAAGAAGUCAGGCAGGCGGAAGAACUGAGGGACAAGUACCUGGAGGAGAAGGAGGAUCUUGAACUGAAGAAUUCAACGCUACAGAAAGACUGUGAGAUGUACCGUAACCGCAUGAAUACCAUCACCAUCCAGCUGGAGGAGGUGGAGAAGGAGAGGGACCAGGCCUUCCGCUCCAGGGAUGAGGCCCAGCACCAGUUCUCCCAGUGUCUGAUGGACAAGGAUAAGUACCGGAAGCAGAUCCGAGAGUUGGAGGAGAAGAGUGACGAGCUACACAUCGAGAUGGUACGCAAGGAGGCCAAGAUCGUCACUCUGGAGUCCCGUCUGCGGCGCCUAUCCAAAGACAACACACUGACUCUAGAUCAGAGUCUACCGAGGGACAGCCGCCCGCCCGUCCUGGACGAGGGGCCCAGGCCCCAGGGUCACUCCGAGGCCUCCAGCGACGAGUCCCCUGAGAACUUCUUCCAGCAGACAGAGAGUCGCCUCAAACGCAGACUCAACCUGAAAGGAGUGCUGAACAGGGUCAAGUCUCCGGUGUCUGCCCUCAAGGCCCUGGACCUGCAGCAGAGCUCGGAGGGAAACACAGCUGGAGCAGUAACAGGCGGAGAUGGAGAUUCGCCCGUCCAGGUGGUUGCGAGCACCAGCACCUUCCCGGCCCUGGUCACCUGCACCCCCUCACAAGCCUUCCCCUCCUCCCCCAUCUACCUGCCCUCCCCCUGCCCCUCCCCCUGCCCCUGCCCCUCUCCCUCCUCUCUUCCAGCCAUGCUACGUUACCGUAACGACAGCAUAAUGUCCAUCGUUGCCGAGCCACCAGGAACCGCAUCACUGGUCCGCAGAACACGGGAAGGAGAAAAUGAUUUCAGACCUCGCAGUUUCAGCCACUGUGAGUUUGAGGACGACAACGGGGACAACGAGUUUGACGAGGAGGUGACACACGGCCCCCCCUCCAUCCACUCCUCCUCCUCCUCACAUCAGUCUGAGGGGUUGGACUCCUACGACCUGGAACAGGUCAACAACAUUUUCAGGAAGCUCUCUCUGGAUAGGCCCUUCCGUCCCUCCCUCUCCUCUCUCUCCAGGACCAGCUCAUCACUGAGGCCAGUACAGGAGCUGUCGUUGCCAGGAGACCAUGUACUGAAUGACAUCACGCUGGUGGGAGGGAACGACAGUGGAAUCUUUGUGUCGUCUGUCCAAUCAGGGUCCAGAGCUGAGAAGGCGGGGCUACGUGAAGGCCACCAUCUACUGUUGCUUGAGGGGUGUAUCCGAGGGGAGAACCAGAGCAUUUCAUUGGACACCUGCACCAAGGAGGAAGCCCAUUGGACGCUGCAACGUUGCAGUGGACCAAUGCAGCUGCAUUACAGAGUCAACUAUGAUGGGUACUGGCAGCUCCAGAAUGACAUCAGUGAGGGCACUGUCGUGUCUGGAGACUCAUUCUACAUCCGCUUUAACCUGAACGUGUCCGGCCAAUCAGAGGGCUGCUCUCUGAGCAUGCUCUGUGACGAGGUGGUGCAUGUGGUGGACACUAUGCACCAGGGUCACAGUGAGUGGCUGUGUGCCAGAGUCGACCCCUACACCGGGACAGACCUGCCCGAGGGAGGAACCAUCCCCUGCUACUCACGGGCCCAGCAGCUACUCCUGGUCAAGAUUCAGAAGUUGGUUUGUCGAAGCGGGAAAGAGGACAGCGAAAUCCAGCGCAAUAUUAGGACGUCGCUGCUGCCAGAGGAACCCAGCCCCUCCACAGACACCAAGUCCAGCCCUCGCUUGUCCAGGGCCAGCCUGUUCAUCACCCAGAUCAUACAGUUUGUCAGCAGAGUAGACAACAAGUACAAGCGUAUGAACAGCAGUGAGCGUGUGAGGAUUGUCAACUCAGGAAAUGCAACCCUGCCUCGACCCGGCUUUGAGACUCUACGACCGGAGGACCUGGGGGACCCUGAGAGCGAGGUGAGCAGAGGCCUGAGUCUGGUGCCGUACAGCCUGGUCACCCCGCAGCACGUGCACAGGAGACGGCCUGUGCUGUUCAGCCCCAACACCCUGGCCAAGACCCUCAUCCAGAAGAUCCUCAACAUGGGAGGAGCCAUGGACUUCAACAUCUGCAAACCAGACACUCUGACCAGGGAAGACUUCCUGAGGAAGCAAAGUAUUGAGCCCAUCCUCCACUCCAGAGAGAAACAGGCCAACAUGUAUGAGUGCAUCACCCCAGAAAACAUUGAGGUUGUUGCUUCAAAGGGUAAACACUGCCUGUUUGAAGCGGACCUCAGCUGUGUCAAAGACCUUCUGAGGAGAGAGAUCUACCCCAUCAUCAUCUACAUUAAGAUCUGUGAGAAGAACAUCAGACGGCUACGGAAGCUGCCCCUGCGGGUGGAGUCUGAGGAAGACUUUGUGCGAGUGUGUCGGUCGAAGGAGAAGGAGCUGGAGAGGGUCCCCUGCCUGUAUGCCAGCGUGGAGCCUGAGACCUGGGCUGGGCCAGAGGAUCUCCUCAGGAUCAUUAAAGACAGAAUUCUGGAGGAACAGAGAAAGAUUGUCUGGGUGGAACAGGAUCUGCUGUAGCAGAGACACACAGACUGGGGAACCGUUACACACACACACAAAUAUACACACACACACACAAACUAGAAGACUUUAUACACACACACACACAGUGACAUGCAGUUGUUCCCGGCCAUAUACACACAUGUGCAUGCAUGCAUGCAAAACUUGUACAUACACACUCACCCACAGGAACACGCAUAACAGACACAAAGACGAGCACCAUUUCUCACUUGCUACGUGCGCACAAAAACACCAACCCUAACCGACUAACUAUAGAUUGUGUAGUUAUAGUAGUAUAGUAGUAAAUAGUGUUACUAUUUCUGUAUUCUACCAAUAAACAGCUUUCCAAAAAUUA